AAUGGAAACAAGAUUAUUUAGAAACAAAAUAAUGGAAUAGCUAUUUUGUUGGAAGCAGCUUGAUAUGAUAGAAAGGAAACCUGAGAUAUAGAUUCAGGUCUCAGCUAUGGUGACUUUUCCUUGCUGUCAGUUCUUCAAUCACUCCUUUUCCUCAUCAUUUUAAACAACUAACAAAUAUCUUGUCUUUCCCUCAAAAGAAAAAAAAAGUUAAAAGGGGAGAAACUGGAAAGAAAAAAUUUGUGUUAGAACCAAAAUUUGAGUAUGUAAAGUCUCCACCUCUAAGCAAACUGAGUCAAGAGUUAAAUGUCCUUUUUUGGGGAUUAGGGGAUUAGGUUAAUAGUGAUGUUAAUAAUGAGAAACUUUCAACUGGUAUGAUUUAGUAGAGUUUAACACUAACAAAACUACUUUUCUGUCUUUCAGGAUUUUCCUAUUUACUAGAGGAAUAGUAUCCCUGUGCUGGAACUUUGUGGAACUUGGUCAGCCAACCUAAUGGCAUCUUCUGUUGCUGUGCCUGUAGGAUUUCACUAUGAAACAAAAUAUGUUGUUCUUAGUUAUCUGGGACUCCUUUCAAGGGAGAAACCACAAGAACAGGAUCCUCUCUCAGCUCAAGGGGUCCAGCUAUCUGCAUCUUUACAACCUUUGAACCAAGAGCUUCUACUGAAAAUUAAGACUGAAAUUGAAGAAGAGCUGAGAUCGCUGAAUGAAGAUAUUUCUGAAGCUUUCACCAGCCCAGGCUUUGACUGCCACACAUCUCCAGUAUUCAGCCCUGUUAACCCAGAGACCUCAAUAGAAGAUUGCUUGGCCCAUCUUGGACAGAAGGUGUCACUGGAACUGAAAGAACGCAUGCAGGAAGCAUUGCAGACUCUGCUCAGCCAGCCAGUGAGCUAUCAGGCAUAUCGGGAAUGUACACAGGACACUGCAGCUCUUGCCAGCGGCUGGAAUAAGGUUUUGGUGCCUCUGAUUCUGCUACAGCAAAUGCUGAUGGAAUUGACAAGACGAGGACAGGAGCCUCUUAGUGCAUUGAUACAGUUUGGUGUGACAUAUCUGGAGGACUAUGCUGCAAAUUAUAUAAUUCAACAAGGCGGAUGGGGCACUGUCUUUAAUCUGGAGUCAGAAGAAGAGGACCCUGGAAUUAUUGCAGAGGACAGCAAUGACAUUUAUAUCCUCACCAGUGACAAUUCUGCGCAGGUCACUCCUCCAGAGUCUCCAACGGUGACCUCCUCCUGGCAGUCAGAAAGCUUGCCUGUCUCUCUGUCCGCAAGCCAGAGCUGGCAUACUGAGAACCUACCGGUGUCCUUGGGGCCCGAGUCCUGGCAGCAGAUCGCCAUGGAUCCUGAAGAGGUUAAGAGUUUGGAUAGUAAUGGUGGUGGGGAAGAAAGAAGUGAGAACAACUCUUCCAAUUCUGAUAUUGUGCAUGUGGAGAAAGAGGAAAUACCAGAGGGGAUAGAAGGGGCGGCGGUGGCACUGCAGGUCCAGGGGCAGUUCCUGGACGCCCCUGCCCCCUUGCUUCCAGACAUCACUGCCACUUCCUUGGGACAGGUCCCAGAGACGGGCUCAUUGUCCUUUGUAGAACUUGAGGAGGAGGAGCUCAGAGCAGCAAAGGAGAAGAUGGGUCAGCCUCUGUUGAAAUCAAGCCCCAAAGCUCAUGAAGGGGUUCCUCCCCCAGAGCUGAAGAAAAUGGUGCCUCGGGAAGGAGAGCUAAAACUAAGGAAGGAGGGCCUCUCUGAAGACCUGUCCCCUGCCGGAGAAGAGAAGCACAUUCUGUUGCCAGAGGGCAAGUCCAUCUUGCUGUAUGGUGGCGCUGCUGCGGUUGCCAUGUUGGCAGUGGCGGUUGGAGUGGCUCUGGCACUGAGAAAGAAAUAGCAGAUUAUCCGAAGGGAAGGAAAGCACAAGGAUGACUUGGAGUGACGUUACUAAUGCAAAAGUCCACAGACGUGUCCCUCCUGUGGAUUCAGACACUGUAAGCAUGAGAGAGAAGGGUUAAUUUAGUGGAAUUGGUUGGGAAUUCCUGGGGGCAAAAGAAUUCGUGGCAGACCACCUGAGCAACUGACCUGUCUGUCGUUUACCCCCCUGGAAUUUCUGUUUUCUUAAGGUCCGGGCUGUGGUCGCAGCCGCACCAGUCCAUCCCUUCUCCUACCCCUCCUCUCUCUGUCCUGUAGCAUGGGGGAGCCUCCCCUGGUGUUUCAGCUGCCUCUCAGGUUCUGCACUGCUCCUUUCCAUCCCCAAGUUUCUUCUCAGUCCCCAUGGGAGAGUGCUUGCUCUAUACCUCUGCUCUUACCACUCAAGUCCCCAAAGCUUUCUACAGCUCUGCCUUGUCAAGAUGCUGCCUUUAGAACUCUGAAAACUCCCCCCUAACCAGAGAUA